UCCGCCUCUCUCUCUUCGCACGCGCGCUUCUUCCCCAACCUCUCUCUCUCUCUCUCUCUCUCUCCUCCCACCCACCUCGGCGGCUCGGCCUCGGCGUCGCGGGACGCCGCGGCUCGCGGGGCGAUCGAUUCGGGGUCCUCCUCGCGUUUCCCGGUCUUGCGCCCCAGGCGUGAUGGAAGAGGAGAAGAGCGCGAUGGAGACAGGAAAGGGGAUGAGCCCGCAGUAUGCGGUGGCGCCCGAAUCUGGAUGCGGCGACACUGCGCCGCCGGAUGAGGUGAGCAGCCCGGAACAGAAGGCGGCGGCGGCGUCGACCAGCAACACCGAGGGGAGGGUAUGCCCCCACUUCGACCCUUUCCAGGACGGCGUGCUCAAGUUCAUCUCGGAGCUCAGGUCCUACUCCUACGAUUGCGCCCCGAGGUGUGACCAUUACCUGUGCGAGAACAAGGUGGAAAAGAGCAGUAUCCUGGUUUGCAUCGACUGCGACUUGCAUUUCUGCAUUGGGGACGGGACCAUGAACAAGCCGCAGGGACAUGCCCGGUGGCAUGCCGAUCUGGAGGAGCAUUGUGUUGGUGCUUUGCUCGGUGAGCCGGAAACUCUGUACUUCUUCAUCUGUGAACGUCUUCUGGACUUGGAUGUCAGCAACAUGCAGCGUGGAGACUUCUCAUGUGGCAAGGAAGAAAUUGAUAGGAUCGAGUCAGAUGUCAGCUCCUCCAAGAAUGCUGUCGUGUGCCAUCAUCAUUCGUUUGACACGGAGAACAUUGUUAUCAUCAAGGAUUUCGUUGAAUCUGAAAAGGGUGACCCAAUGUGUGAUAAUGAAACGUGCCUAACCACCGGGGAGCACCACAUGAUGGUGUGCUCAGAAUGCAAAGGGUAUUUCUGCAUUGAGCCAGCCACCAAGGCUAAGCCGCAAGGGCACAUCCGGGAGCAUGCAUUGCUUCAGGAGCAUUGGGUUGCAGUGUGGCACAAUGAUCUGUAUGUUGGUUACUGCUUUGAAUGUGAAGAUUCCUUGGUCAUAGGUGGUGAGGAGGGCAAGGAGGGAUUGGCAGUCAACGCAGAGGCAGGUUCUCAUGCAUCUGGGUCUUCUGACGGGCAUGGCUGUGUUAUCAGAGGGAUAUCGAAUCAAGGAAACACUUGCUUGAAUGCAUUGUUGCGGUGCCUCCUUGUUCUUGGAAAGCUGCGGGCAAGGAUGUUUGGACCGAAUGCUCCAUUGGGGAUCCUUGGUACAAUACUGCGUGGUCUCUUUGUUGAUGCAAACAGCGUGAGGCAUGCACCAGGCCCGCUGAACCGGGCGUUGCUCUUGGCUUGUGUACGAAGGUUCGACUCAUGGUUGAUAGGCACUUCAAUUCAUGACAGCCAUGAAUUACUUUGCUGUUUGCGCAAUAGAUUGAAUGAGGAGGAUAAGAUAAUAAGGCCUCCAAACAAGCAACAGGGUGCUCCUAGUUCUGUGGCUCCUACCGUCAUUGAUUCCAUAUUUGGUAGUGAGCUGUCUGUUACCACCUCUUGCAAACGUUGCUCGUUUAAGUCUUAUUCCUGUGAUGUAUUCUAUGAUCUCUCAGUGCCAUUGCCACCAAAGGGUGCUCCAUCCAAUAGUGUUGCAUCACCACCACAGAAUGAAAGACCUAUAUCUCAAUGUAAGAUUUGUGUACUUUCUGAAGGCGGUGAUUCUCAGAUUCCUGCUUCAGAAUUGGAAGAUACAGUCAUGGUGAAAACAUCAGAUCCUUUGGAAGUUGAUUCUAAUAAAUUGGAACAGAUCGUGCAAAGCAAGGACGCUGUACAUUGUCCUUUGCAGUCCCCAACAAUGAAAGAGAAUACAUGGAUAGCAUCAGUCAGUGAUGUAGAGAAAACUGACACUGCUGUUCUUGAUAAUGCGUUCAGUGGGCUAAAAGUUAGUACAGAAGCCAAGAUGGUCAUUUCCUCAGCAGAAAUUAAUUCAGAAAACAAGGGGAAAGCUCGAAGUCUUGAUAUUAUUUAUGAUGAGGCAGAGGAUAUCAACUCUCUUGUGUCAAUUGAGGAGUGCUUGAAGUUGCAUAUUGAAUCAGAGAUGAUAGAGUGGACCUGUGAGAACUGUUCCAAGGUUGCCCAGAAGGCAAGCACUAUAAGUGGUAAAGACGGUGAACAGAUGAUGGCAAGUACCAAUGUGAAUAGGACGGUUUAUGGAGACCAGGCUGAACAGUCAGACAGGAAAACAUGCCAAAGGGAGCUAUCUAGCGAUUUGAUCAGACUUUCUGUAGAAUGCAGUUCUUCAAGUAGCCAGCCACAUGGUUCUGGUGUACAAAAUCAUGAUAUGCCUGCAGUGGACAUAAAAACUUGUGGAGAGACUUCAGGGAUGAGCUCUGUUGAAAAAGACUCGUCCUCUUGCAGCAUAGCCAAUAAAAAACCUGAAUGCCUUGGAGGUGCUCAAGAAGAUGCAUCUAGCUGCCGUCUGACUGAGAAGCAGGCCAACCUGUUGAGUGUCCAGUGUCAAAAUAUCAGCAUAGAAGAUCAGGAAAGGGGGAAUCAAGUAAAUCUGGGUCAUAAUGCACACCAACUGGAAGAAAACCAAUAUGAUCAGCAAGAUAGGAAUGAAGGUGCGAUUCUAACAUGUCUUAUUAGCAAGCUGCCACCCGUAUUAGUCAUUCAACUCAACAGAUCUUUGGGGCCUCUUAAAGUGAGUGGACAUGUGAGCUUUAAGGAGAUCCUUGAUGUGGAGCCAUUCAUGGACCCCAGUUCUGAGGACAAAUUCAGUUCCCGCUAUCGUUUAGUUGGUGUCAUUGAGAACCGUGGCCUCAGCAUUCAUAUUGGGCAGUGCGUUGCUUAUGUGAGAGCAAACAAUCAGCAGCAGGGCAGUGGCUCUUCCUCAUGGUAUUGUGCAACCGAUGACGACAUCAAAGAAAUCUCUUUAGAAGAAGUUCUCAAGUGCGAGGCUUACCUUCUUUUCUAUGAGAGAAUGGGCUGCUAAGACUGUAAGACAUGUCUUGAAUUCUAUACACACCAAAGAAUCCGAAGAGCAAUCACAAAUGAAGCAGAUAUUUGAGAGUAUCAAGGUUUAUUUGGAUGGACAGUGACCCAAUCAUUGUAUAUACUGACGUGGGUUCGUGAUCAGGUCCAGUUUUGUCGUUGUGGCUGAAUGAUAUUUAGUCCUUGCAGGGCUUUGCCAACAUGUACGUACCUAGUUGGGGAUAUUAGCUGGUGUUCUUGAUCAUUUGAUCUGGUUACAGUCAUUCACAUUCUUUUUUUUCCUUUGUCCAUGAGGAAUAUAUUAGGGUUUUUUUGAACGAAAAAGAAAAACUUAAAAACAAAGCAGGAGUAAUGAAGUGAGAAAGUUGUGUA